CAUAUGAUGAUGUUGAAAGUGCGUGUAGGGUGGUGAAACACAGAAGGAAGGUGACACAAACUUCAUGGAUGGUAACACAAACUUCACAGUUUGUGUCAUGGAUGGUAACACAAACUUCACAGUUAGACUUCGAGACCAUGCAUGCGAUUGCAACAAGUGGCAGGUGACAGGCUUGCCUUGCAAACAUGCGACUAGAUGCAUAUUAAGGCUAAAUGAGAAACUGGAGGACUAUUGCUCCCAUUGGUUUUCUGUGGAGAAGUACAAAGGGCUUUAUGAUGGAAUCAUCCACCCCAUUCCAGACUCAUGCAUGUGGGGGGAAAGCUCGGAACCAACAUUGGAUCCGCCAAGGGAACACAAAAAGAAGGGAAGGCCAAAGAAACACAAAAGGAGAGAAGGGGUUGAUGAUCUCAGGAUCAAGAAAAAGGGCUUUGCUCAUGGGACCAAGAGAUGCAGUAAAUGUAAGCAGCUUGGGCACAACCAUAGGACAUGUGGACAAAAAAGGGAUGAAGAUGGGCACUUGUUGAAGAAAGGCGCUGGCCGAGUGACCGUCCGAGCUGCAAUCGCCGGUGACUCCAGCCUCCACGCCUCAAGGUGCUUCGCCAAUCGCUAAUUGCCUGACGCCGCCGGUCUAUCAAGUAUCAAGAACAACGAAGAUUUAAGAUUUUGGUUUAUAUAGAAUGAAACGAAGGGCAGAUCUUAUGGAAACUGAGCAAAGUCCUUCACCUAAUGUGGUUUGUCAACAGACGGAGUAUAGAAGAUGUGAGUAUAGAAGAUGACUUGAUCUUCGUGACGGAAUAAAUAGCUCAGUUUUUGUUCCACCUCCAGCCACUUCCCCCCUGUUCUUUUCCUUUCCUGCCUGGGUGUCUUUUUUUGGACUUACUAGUUCUCUAACCCGUGCUUUGCACGGACAGUAUUUUGAGCCAGUGAAAGAAAAUAAAAAUAAAUUUAUAGUGUAUAU